AUGAAGUUCACACUCGUCACAUUCGUUGCCCUCGUCGGCGCCGCUUCGGCAAUCAGCGUCGACGCCGGCCUCAUCAAGAGAGAAUGCAUCGGCAACGGAGGUUUCUGCUUCACCAGCAUCGCCGACGUCAACAAGCCCUGCUGCGGCGGCCUGAUCUGCAAGAACAAGCCGGCUCCCAACACCAACAUCUGCGAGCCCGAGCCGAGCCCCAAGUCUCCGGCCAAGCGCAUGACGGAUGAGAUAGAGAAGAGGUCCGACGAGCCUGCCCCGCCUCAGGCGAGGGGCUUUCCCCAGAUCCCCGACGACGAGCCCAGAUGGGGAUAG